AUGACUAAUUGUAUUGAUGCUGAUAAGAACAAGUCUUCCGCAAAAAUAACGUUGCUAGAUGCAAUUCUGAUGGUUGAUGAUGCUUGGAAUAAAAAAUUCUUACUCCAAACAGAUCCAAAUACAUCUCAUUCUGUGAGGAUAAUCCAGGAUGUGCAACACGACCAUUCCUAUGGAAGCAGUCCACGCCGUACACUCAAACAGCUCCUCUUCACCAGGCAGAAACUGGCAGCUGUGCGAAAAACGGCGAAGGUUCUGCAACAAAAAGUGAAGCGGUUGAACAAAUCAGUGACAUCGCUGAAAGAAGUGGUACGCAAAUUAAGACAGAAGAACCUGGUUAGUGAAGACUCAUCCUACUCCUUAGAGGCAUUCCAUAAUAUUCCUCUAGAUAUCUUUUCCCGCAUGAUUGAAAAUCACAGACUUGGGACGCUUAGUAGGGAGAAAUAUCCGGCAGAUUUGGGAUGCUUUGCCUUAACCCUGCAAUUUUACUUUUAAAGUGAAAGAAGCUGCUGAGCAAGGAAGGAAAAUUGUGUGUGCGUUGAUGAUAGAUGAA